AUGACUGCCGUCUCUUUUCCAAUUCUCCGUCUCCCGGAAUCUGCGCUGCAAGAGUCUCUGAAACUGAUGAGCAUCAGGGAUCGGUUAUCCGUAUCAGUUCUCUCGAAAAAAGCAAAACGACUUUUUACAGUUGUGAAUAAAAAUCCAAUCACUGCUGUAGUAAGCAUGACAUCAACAUCAUUUUGUUUUAACAGCAGACCGUUUCAACAUUUUCAAUUUGUUCUCAAUUCCGACAAAUCAAAUGUAGAAAUACGCAAGUAUUCAAGAAACGGAUACAAAUGGACAUAUUUAAAUGUACCAGGAUUCGCUGAGAAACAAUGGUUCAAACAUAUUACUGAUGUUUUCUUUAGGAACCAAUGUACGAUUUUGAUAAUCGAAAAUUCACCAGGUAGAAGUAUUGAAGAAAUAUGUGAAUGUACAAAGAAACUGAAAAUAGUAGAAUUGCGAGUUGAUCACUCUAAAAUUCAAAACUACCAGGUUCUCGAACUGCUCCCGUCACUAAAAAAGUUAAAAGUUCGUAGCCUAGAAGGCCCAAAUCCUAAAUCCAUCCUCACUCAGAGUUUAGAAAGUAUAGAUAUUAACAGUUUGAAUGUGACACUCGAUGAUCUGCUAGCUUUAAAUCACACUGAUUUCACACUACACACUCAGAGUUGUUCCGAUAGUGAUAUGAAUCUCUUCCUGAAACAUUGGAUCAAGGGAUCACACUCCAAUCUCAAAAGUCUUGCAAUAUUUAAAUAUAUAUAUAGUGAUAUGAAUCUCUUCCUGAAACAUUGGAUCAAGGGAUCACACUCCAAUCUCAAAAGUCUUGCAAUAUUUAAAUAUAUAUUUAAAUAUAUAUAUUGCAAGACUUUUGAGAUUGGAGUGUGA